AGUCGGAGGCAGAGAGGCGCUAAGCAUCUUCCUGUCUACUCUCGAUUGGCCCUGACUCCCUUUGAAGUGUAGCUCAAUGCUCUUUAGGGAAAAGCAACUUCCUUCCUUCCGUUCCCCCACCCCUUCCAUGCGCACAAAGAUGGAGAUGCAGCAUGCACCUAUCCUCCAGUGAACUAGUGCAGAAACUGUCUCUCUCUACCCUGCACUAUCCAGCAGGCAUUUCUAGAACAAAGUGGUUCUUAUUGCGUUUCAACCUGAAACAGGGCUCUGUGUAGCUCUGGAAUCUUGCAAGCGCACGGUAGGUCCAAGACCAAGCGCUGGUGUGUUUAAAACCCAGGGCGUUCUGGUAAAGAAGGAUCUUUCCCUGGAUCACCAGAACCAUGACUCGAGACGUCUUCAUCCAGUCGGAGGUGACCGAGGAGAAGGGGCAGGAGAUGGAAGAGCAGAACCCGGAAGGAGCGGCAGCUGGCAAGACAGCAAGCAAAGGCCCCCGUCGCACCCCAGCUAGGAGUGGGGUUGAAGUCAGGGAAAGCCCUGUGCCAGAGAUAUCUUCUCAGAUCACGGGGAUCUCAGACGUGCCUUGCCAACGCUUCUGGCAGUUCUCCUACCGCGAGGCUGGCGGGCCCCGAGAAGUUUGCAGCCAGCUCCACCGACUGUGCAAAGGUUGGCUGAAGCCGGAGAGGCACUCCAAGAUGCAGAUCGUGGACCUGGUGAUCCUGGAGCGGUUCCUGGCCAUCUUGCCCCAGGGAAUGCAGGGCUGGGUCCGAGAAUGUAGGCCAGAGACCAGUUCCCAGGUGGUGGCCCUGGCCGAAGGUUUCCUCCUCAGUCAGGCAGAGCAGAUGCGGGGGCCACCCCUGACGACAGAAGCUACAUUCUCUGAGGUAAAUCGAGGUUCCUUGGAGCAAGGGCAGGGGGCACAGACCCAGGAUGGUGCCCGAGAGGCUGUCUCUUGUGGCAGCGGAGAGAUGCUUCUGAGUCGUCAUCUUUUCAGAGGUGUGGAAACAGCUGCUUCACCUCCAGUCCAGGGUCCUUUCUCCUUUGAGGAGGUGUCCGUCUAUUUCACCCUAGAAGAAUGGGCCCUGCUGGAUCUGGGCCAGAAAACUCUCUACAGGGAAGUCAUGCGGGAGAACUAUCUGAGCGUCCUCUCUCUGGCAGACAACGAUCAGAGGAAUGAGGAGGGUGAAGACCUUGAUCAGCAGUUGCCAGAUCGUGUUAAAAAUGAAGACUUGAAAGAAAACAUUAGAAAUCAAGGCAGACCUAAGAGAAAGAAAGGCAGCCGUAUGGUUAAGAAGAGAGACAAAAAACAGAGUAAUGUACAUUUUUCAGAGCCAGUGAUAUUGAAGGCAAGUACAUCUAUUCAGUGUGGAAGGUAUUUCAAAAACAGAUCACAGCUCCUUGUGCACCGAAGAAUACACAGACAGGAGAAACUGUUUGAAUGCUCAGUGUGUGGAAAGAGAUUUAGUCGGAGUGGCAUUCUUCAAAAGCAUCAAAGAACCCACAUGGGGGAGAAACCUUUUGAAUGCUCAGAGUGUGGAAAGAGAUUCAGUCAGAGUGUCAGUCUUCAACAGCACCAGAGAACCCACACAGGGGAGAAAGCUUUUGAAUGCUCAGAGUGUGGAAAGAAAUUCAGUCAGAGUGGCAUUCUUCAAAGGUACCAGAGAACCCAUACAGGGGAGAAACCUUUUGAAUGCUCAGAGUGUGGAAAGAGAUUUACUCAGAGUGGUAUUCUUCAACAGCAUCAAAGAACCCACAUGGGGGAGAAACCUUUUGAAUGCUCAGAGUGUGGAAAGAGAUUCAGUCGCAGUGGCAAUCUUCAAAGGCACCAGAGAACCCACAAAGGGGAGAAACCUUUUGAAUGUUCAGAGUGUGGGAAGAGAUUCAGUCACAGUGGCCAUCUUCAAAGGCACCAGAGAACCCAUACAGGGGAGAAACCUUUUGAAUGCUUAGAGUGUGGAAAGAGAUUCAGUUGGAGUGGCACUCUUCAACAGCACCAGAAAACCCACACAGGGGAGAAACCUUUUGAAUGCUCAGAGUGUGGGAAGAGAUUCCGGCACAGUGUCACUCUUCAACUGCAUCAAAGAUUCCACACGGGGGAGAAACCUUUUGAAUGCUUAGAGUGUGGAAAGGGAUUCAGUCAGAGUAGCAAUCUUCAACAGCACCAGAAAACCCACACAGGGGAGAAACCUUUUGAAUGCUUAGAGUGUGGAAAGAGAUUCAGUCGGAGUGGCACACUUCAACAUCACCAGACAACCCACACAGGGGAGAAACCUUUUGAAUGUUCAGAGUGUGGGAAGAAAGUCAGAGUGGCAUUCUUCAAAGGCACCAGAGAACCCAUACAGGGGAGAAACCUUUUGAAUGUUCAGAGUGUGGGAAGAGAUUCAGUCGGAGUGGCACUCUUCAACAGCACCAGAGAACCCACACAGGGGAGAAACCUUUUGAAUGCUCAGAGUGUGGGAAGAGAUUCCGGCACAGUGUCACUCUUCAACAUCACCAGAGAACCCACACGGGGGAGAAACCUUUUGAAUGCUUAGAGUGUGGAAAGGGAUUCAGUCAGAGUAGCAAUCUUCAACAGCACCAGAAAACCCACACAGGGGAGAAACCUUUUGAAUGCUUAGAGUGUGGAAAGAGAUUCAGUCGGAGUAGCAAUCUUCAACAUCACCAGAGAACCCACACGGGGGAGAAACCUUUUGAAUGCUUAGAGUGUGGAAAGGGAUUCAGUCAGAGUAGCAAUCUUCAACAGCACCAGAAAACCCACACAGGGGAGAAACCUUUUGAAUGCUUAGAGUGUGGAAAGAGAUUCAGUUGGAGUGGCACACUUCAACAUCACCAGACAACCCACACAGGGGAGAAACCUUUUGAAUGUUCAGAGUGUGGGAAGAAAUUCAGUCAGAGUGGCAUUCUUCAAAGGCACCAGAGAACCCAUACAGGGGAGAAACCUUUUGAAUGUUCAGAGUGUGGGAAGAAAUUCAGUUGGAGUAGCAUUCUUCAAAGGCACCAGAGAACCCAUACAGGGGAGAAACCUUUUGAAUGCUUAGAGUGUGGAAAGAUAUUCAGUCGGAGUGGCACUCUUCAACAUCACCAGAGAACCCACACAGGGGAGAAACCUUUUGAAUAUUCAGAGAGUGGGAAGAAAUUCAGUCAGAGUGGCAUUCUUCAAAGGCACCAGAGAACCCAUACAGGGGAGAAACCUUUUGAAUGUUCAGAGUGUGGGAAGAAAUUCAGUCACAGUGGCCAUCUUCAAAGGCACCAGAGAACCCAUACAGGGCAGAAACCUUUUGAAUGCUUAGAGUGUGGAAAGAGAUUCAGUCGGAGUGGCACUCUUCAACAGCACCAGAGAACCCACACAGGGGAGAAACCUUUUGAAUGUUCAGAGUUUGGGAAGAAAUUCAGUCAGAGUAGAAGUCUUCAGCAGCAUCAUAGAACCCACACAGGGGAGAAACCUUUUCAACGCUCAGAGUGUGGAAAGAGAUUCAGUCAGAGUAGAAGUCUUCAGCGGCAUCAGAGAACCCACACAGGGGAGAAACCUUUUGAAUGCUCAGAGUGUGGAAAAAGAUUUAGUCAGCACAACAAUCUUCAAGAGCAUCUAAGAACCCACAAAGGAGGAACCAUGUAACAACUUAGCCCAUUAAAAGAGCUCUUCUAGAAUGCUUGAACCUGCACAAAAAUUGUACCCUAAUCAGGAAGGAAUGUUUAAAAUGCUCAGACUAUGACAGGAGCUUUCAGCACAUUUGAAGCCCUCAUAUACAUUCCAUCAUCCCCACAUGAUGUUAAAGGGAUACCACACUUCCACACACACAGUUGGCAGCCCUAGAUAAAAUGUAGAUAAGAAGUAGAGAAAACUCAGCUGUGGUCAUAACUCAUUAAAGAGAUUAUUAUUUCUUUCAGGUAAAUCCAGACGGUGUUUUCAGUGCUUUGUGGAGGUUUUAUGAGUUGGGCUUCAUUAAAUGUGUUAAAGGUU